AGGCCAUGCGCAUUGGUCAAUCCGUGUUCAAGGCAUUAUUCUGUCCCCAGGAAAUAUCACUUCUUAUUUACUGUAAAAUGUGGAUUCCAAAAUACUUUAAAUAUAAGGUCAGGUGUCUUUUACCUCAAAAAUAUGGCUCUUGAGAGGAAUGUUAUGACUUUUGAACACUUUUUCAGUGGAUGUAGGCGUUUUUGCCAUGUCCCCGGGUGUUAUUCAUCAACUUCCACGAGAAAUAUAAACCAUAAAAUAUUAAAUAUUUUUUGUUAUUUUAUAGUCCUAGUUAAAUUGUCUUUCAUCAAUAACGUUUUUUAAUAAUUAUUGUAUUUAUGAUUUUAUUUAAGAUUUUCUGAUAUCACUUUCCACCCUGUUAAUUUGUUGUUAAUCUCCGUUUAAGAAACAACCCCUUCCUAGAAUGACACCACAUUCAGGAAGUGUCAUCAUUUAUUUGGUGGGAAAACAAUGGUGCAAAGCUAAAUAAAUAUAAAUACUGUUUUAUCUGUUUUUAAAAUCGUGCUCAAAUGUUCACCAUUAUACUAGCUCAAUCUUGCUCACUCACAGAGCUAUGGCUAAUUUAGGCGCCACAUUCCCACUCUGUUAAAUUCCACCCAUUUAGGAUUAUGCAGCUAACAGGUUGAGAAAUACACCCCAGCAUUUUUUUAAGUGUCUGAGCUUGACCAACAUGUUUUUCUGAAAGUCAAACAUGUCCUUUUUCUGAUACAAUAUUAAAAAAUAUAUGCUUUCCCCCCAAAAGUAUGAGCUCCAAUAGGCACUGCAUUGUAGGAAUGACCCAGCUGUCUAAUUCUCUGUCCAUUUGUGUUGAAGUUGAAAUGUCUUGUUUACAUAAUCAUCAUCUAUCCUCUCCCACACAGCUAACAUGCUAGAUUUAGGCUAUAGCAGUAAGUGGUGCCUAAGUUAGGUAUCAAGUACAUUGCUCUAUUAUGGCUUGAUAUCUUAUCAACUUGGAUGUUUCUAGAAAGCUAUGAGUUAUUAUAGGGGACAAUAUGGGGAGAAAGGGAAAACUGAUUGUUAGGACAGAUUGGAUCUGGUUUGGCAGCUUUUGCCUUCUUACUGUUGAAUGGAGAAAAAAAAAAUCUAGCCUAAUUUUAACCGCAUAGGAUAGGGAUGGAAGACCUUUUUAGGUAAGAACCUUCUCAUGCAAUAUGCUUUAGAUCGGGGAUAGGCAACUUUGAUGGGGUGGCAGCCACAAAAAAUCUGAACUCAUCAUGGGGGGGCUGUAAUGGCUUGAUUGUCUGCUUACCCACAUCCAUACCCACACAUGCAUUCAGAGCAUGGUUGCUGAUAGGUGUAUAAAAUCGAGCACAGAGCCAUGCAAUCUCCAUAGACAAACACUGUCAGUAGAAUGGCCUUACUGAAGAGCUCAGUGACUUUCAACGUGGCACUGUCAUAGGAUGCAACCUUUCCAACAAGUCAGUUUGUAAAAUUUCUGCCCUGCUAGAGCUGCCCCGAUCAACUGUAAGUGCUGUUAUUGUGAAGUGGAAAUGUCUAGGAGCAAAUAUUGCUCAGCUGCAAAGUGAUAUGCCACACAAGCUCACAGAACGGGACCGGAGAGUGCUGUGCUUCCAACUUUGUGGCAACAGUUUGGUGAAGGCCCUUUCCUGUUUCAGCAUGACAAUACUCCCGUGCACAACGCGAAGUCCAUACAGAAAUGGUUUGUCAAGAUCGGUGUGGAAGAACUUGACUGGCCUGCACAGAACCCUGAUCUCAACCCCAUCGAACACCUUUUGGGAUGAAUUGGAAUGCUGACUGUGAGCCAGGCCUAAUAGCCCAACAUCAGUGCCCAACCUCACUAAUACUCUUGUGGCUGAAGUCCCUGCAGCAAUAUUCCAACAUCUAGUGGAAAACCUUCCCAGAAGAGCGGAGGCUGUUAUAGCAACUCCAUAGUAAUGCCCAUGAUUCUGGAAUGAGAUGUUCAACAAACUGGUGUCCACAUACUUUUGGACAUGUAGUGUAUCUUACCUGACUGAGCACUUUGUUAUCGUAGGCUGCAGCUGAUUAGAAAACACACUAAUCAGUAACAGCCUAAUUAAAUUAGGAGCCAACUGAAUUCACAUGAUGAAAGUUUGGUCACUGUCGGGUCAAGAUCGAUCACAUGCUGUGAAACAGUGGAAAGCAUAUAUAAGGGUUGACCUAAAGUAAACCUAAUGCAAAAUCUGUAAUGGCAUGCAGAACAAUGUUUCCUGUAACCAUUUCAAUUAGCCUUAUCCCUUGCCUGCAGUCAGCUCACAUGCACCUCGUUUUCUGUAACACGUGCUUUGUUUACACAGGCAGCCCAAUUCUGAUAUUUUUUUCACUAAUUUGUCCUUUGACCUAUCAGAUCUGAAAAAUAUCUGAUGGGAAAAGAUCUGAUGUGAUUGGGAAAAAGGCUAAGUAGUGGAAACAAUCUCAGAAUUGGGCUGCCUGUGGAGACGUAGCCUAUAGCCAAUUUUUCUGUCACAUUUGUAAAGUGUUGCCUUUAGAUGUUAGGCCAAGCCUAUAAGAUGUCCCUAUGUAUGGUGUCAUUGUAGACCCAAUUGUUUUGAGUAUUUGCUGUACAGGCUAACUUGUCACCUUCUCUUGAAUUGUACCAUUUCUGGCUGGUAUUCUGACUGUAAGGAAGAGAAAGUUAGAUCUGAACCUAGUGAGAAGUGGUUUCUCAUUUGACUGGAUGUAGCCUAAACCACUCUUAUAGUCUCUUUUUCUGUCCACAUGUUUUUGUGACAACAGUCUGACCCUCUGCAUCCCAGCGUCAAACCCAUGACUGAUUCUGACUUGGAAAGGAGCUGUGAAUUUGUUUGUGGUUUAAACAUUCAAGAGGCGGCAGAGAAUGAAUGCUUCUGUCACCUGCAGCUGUCAGGCUACACACACUGAGGUUUUUCCUUUUUUGCAGGGGGUGAGCUCAGGUCUGAUUAGCCUAUUACAAGAGAGAAUAAUUUUUAAAAUGGAAAUGAGCUUAUAUGGGAUCAUAGACUACAUGGCUAUUAUAACAAACUCCUUUUUUUGCAGACAACUCUAGUUCCUUUAAAUUAGCAUCUGUAGAUUUAUGAGGAGGCAGCAGCACUUAAGUAAAGUAUGACACAUCAUUCGCAUGGAGUUUCUUAUUUUUGGACAUCUAACCAACACAGCCUGUUUUAGGCUACUUACUUUUCAGUAAGUAGCCUAAAACAGUAUAGGCUAGCAAUAUAUAAAUUACAUGGUCGUUUAAGGUGCAAUGCUAUUUUGUGGAUUGAAGAGGCAUUUGUCAUUUAUGAGACAUGCCUUUUUAGGUCUAGUUAUGUUUGCAGUGUUUAAUAGUAAUGCAGUAGACUUUUGUAUGAUAAUUUCUCACCUGAGUUUAUUUCGUGUUUUGCAUGAUUCGUUUAUCAUUUCUGUAGACAACUGAAAGAAGCUGUCAAUAUCUAGGCUAUGUCACGAGCUGCUGGGCAGGGUUUAGGCUACUGUGUAACCUACUGAGCGGUGAUUGGAGGGAGCAGCGAUUUAGUUCCUUAUGUUUGUACAGUGCUCAGUCUGCUCCCACACACACACCACAUAGACUGACACACCCGGCUCCAGUAUAUAAUAGUGCUGCUCAGUCACUUGCCAAUCCAGUCCUCCCACAUCCUGCUGCUCUCCCUCACUCACACGUCUACUGAAAGUGACUGAAGCUAUGGCAGGACCCAGGCCAGUGGUGCUGAGUGGCCCGUCGGGGGCUGGGAAGAGCACGCUGCUCAAGAAGCUGCUCAAGGAGUACGAGGGCAUCUUUGGCUUCAGCGUCUCACACACAACAAGGAGCCCUCGUCCUGGUGAAGAGAAUGGUAAAGAUUAUCAUUAUGUUACAAGGGAGUAUAUGCAGGCCAGCAUCGACAAAGGGGAGUUCAUUGAGAGUGCAGUGUUUUCCGGGAACAUGUACGGGACGAGCAAGGCCUCCGUGCAGGCCGUCAAGGACAAGAACCUGAUCUGCGUCCUGGACAUCGACAUGCAGGGAGUGAGGGCGGUCAAGACAACAGACCUCAACCCCAUCUACAUCUUCAUCCAGCCUCCGUCCAUGAGCAUCCUGGAGAAACGUUUAAGAGACCGAGAGACUGAGUCAGAGGAGAGCCUCCAGAAACGUUUGCAUGCUGCUCAGGUGGACAUGGCGAUAAGCAAAGAUCCUGGCAUAUUUGACGUUGUCAUUGUCAAUGAUAGUCUUGACGAUGCCUAUGGGAAGUUGAAAGACACUCUUAUUGAGGAAAUCAAAAAAGUCCAGAAAACCAACUUGUCCUCUUAAGCGACGAGAAGCCUGACAUCCAUCCCAGCCAUCCUGGCCACUCCUUACAAAAUGUCAGCCCCUCUAUUCCAAUCCUGAACAUUCUGGCAGAUACUGGUGUGGGAAGGAACUCCAAACAACAUCCCUUGCACCUAACCACACCUUUUGAGUGUGCACUAAGAUCUAGCAUAUGUAUUUACAUAUUAGGAGGAUAUAGGUAGGUAUUAAGAUGGUAGAAGUGGACUAUUUUUGCUUUAUUUACUCAUUUGGCACAUUUUAGUUUUUUUAUCCACAAAGAAAAACACUCCAUUAAUGGUUAACCUGUGACUGAGAUGGUCCCUAAUAUGUUUUUUCUUCCAUGUUUACUGUAUACAGGAGUUUCUGCCAUUUUCUUUUUCUUCUGCACAUUUAGUAGUAUUGUAGCCCCAAAUCAUUAACUGUGUUCUCUCUGCUCUUCAACAACAGAAGGCCAUAAUAACAAGACUCAUUCCCACUAAUGGCAGUGUUGUAGUACUCGAGGCCACAUUGAGUGUCUCGGUCUUGUCUCAGUGUUGGAUACAUUUGUACUCGGUCUUAACUCAGUCUGGGACCAGCCGAGAUCAGCAGAGUAAAAAAACUCAUAAUUAUCAGCUUCCAUUCAGUCAGGGCAUAAAACUGCUUCUCCAGGCCAAAUAUAUACACUCCUUUCUUGAAACAUAAAUAUCUUAACAGCUUUUAUAUCUAGUAUAGACAUGUUUUCUCAGUGGUGAACCUAUUGGUCUUCAGUGUGUGACAGGUUAGUACAGUGGUGAACCCUAUAGGCCUUCAGUGUGUGACAGGUUAGUACAGUGGUGAACCUAUAGGUCUUCAGUGUGUGACAGGUUAGUACAGUGGUGAACCUAUAGGUCUUCAGUGUGUGACAGGUUAGUACAGUGGUGAACCUAUAGGUCUUCAGUGUGUGACAGGUUUGUGAUUCUGAAAGGACAGCAACCAUAAUACCAGCGCACUCAUGUAUGAGUGCACUUUUUGUAAAUCACAAUAUGUAGCAAGCUAAAAAACACGGAGCCUAACGUUAGCUAGAUAGCUACUCUAAAUAGCUGUUGACUGACUGACUUUUCCCCCCUCAUUGUUUUUCAGUGGCUAUACACAGCUAGAGAUGCAGGUAUCAUUUGGUUAGCUAGCAAGAACUUGAACAACUGCGUUCGCAAAUUCAUUCUGGCAAAUGGCUUGUUUGUUUAAAGGCCUACUGUGGCUCUGAUUGGCUAUAGCGCACCGGUCUGUGUAGACUCCGAUCCUGGAAAAGACAUGUUUUAUUUACUGCAGUGUCUAUUAAUGUCUAUUAAUUGUCCAAACACACGGCCGCUUUCCCACUCUAUAUUGCUAUGGAAUUUUCACAAAUGCCUUAGUAUACGUAAUUCCCAAACAUUCUAAGAAUUUAUGAAAACGUGAAAAUGACCAUAUCUAAGUGGCUGCUUGUCAGAUUUUUUUUUUGGGGGGGGGGGUGUAUAUGAACACAUUUUAAUAAGAUUUCAUGUUCGUAAAAUGCUAUCAGUUUCACUCUAUUUGCUCCGGUCUUGGUCUUGAAUUGGUCUUGCUUUACGUGGUCUCGAACACAACACUGACUAGUGGAUAAAUCAAUUUGUUCAGCAAGAGUAGACACUGGUAUGGUAUUUUCUGUUCAGCAGAAAUGUCCUUAAACCAGUUAGUGUGGUUGUACAGAGAUGCAUUGGUUGUCAUAAUGGCCACAGCAAGGUGCCAUAGCCAGAAAUGUGAAGAGGAGAAAAUCAAUGGUUAUAUAUUUUUUUAUGUUGUUGCCUUUUCAUUCUUUUUAAAAGAGGGAUUCUUGACCCAUAGUAGUUCGUCAACAUAGGGCAGCUAACAAACAAUCACAAGGCCAGGUGCUUGGGCACUAGCUAAGUACAGGCUAACUCUGGCUCUAAGAUAGUCACACAGGGAAGCACCAUACGUAUUACAGCUGAUCUCAGGAACUUACUGUAGCCUAGCUGCUGUUUGCUAAUGAUCCUAGUCAUCUUGUGUGUGAAAAUAUCUGUUUUCAAGUGUCCCUGUUUUACCAUACUGAUACAAUUAUAAUAAAGUACACUAUUCAUUCACUAAUAAAACAAAGGAUUGCCAUUUAGGAUUUACAAUCAUGAUGUUAACCUCUGUAUAACAAAGUUACACUUCUGGAGACCACAACUCACGGUGACGUAGUCUAACCUCUAAUAUAUAUAUAUAUAUAUUUUUUUUUGACAGUUGUAUUGUAAUGGUGUAAAACUUUUGUAUUGUAUGUUUAUUAUUUUACAAUCUCACCUAUAUUAUAAUAAUAUUCAGUUGGCCUUUUUUUGGAAAGAAAAUGUUUGAAUGAGAAUCAGAGUGAAUUAAUAUUAAAUAAAUGGAGCAAAUAUUGUCUCUGUCCUCAGGAAAAUAUAGAAAAGCUUAGAACCAAGCACACAGAGCAUCUGCUUUACUUGAAACUGGUUACAUUGAAUUCCACAAAACCUCUUUGUUCAAGGCAGCCUUCCAAAAAGCCUGCACUUAUUUAUUUUAAGUUUGUAGUUGAACAUGUUUUCCAUUCAGAACCCAAAUUCAGUUCAUUGGUAACUAAUAUGACAUACUCUGGCCCAUGACUCUUAAACUCCAUCGCUUCUUGUCCUCUGUAUUUGAUCUCCCUUUGAAUAAAACAUUCCUUCCUUUGCACAAAUUACUUAUUGAAAUAUAUUUAUUUAACUUUUUCACUGAACAGCUUUUUAAUGGUGCAAAUGUUAUACCACUGCUUUGAAUGUGUCAUCUUUGGCCAAAUAUUGACAAUUUACCCAGCCUUCAACGAGUCCUUGUUCUUUAAUAUGUAUUUCUAGUAGUAACAUUUUAUGUAUUUCACAAGUGUAGUCAAGUAAAUUAAUAAAACUGUCUUGCCUGGA